GACUGGAGAUCUUUGGGGCUACCCGAGCUUUUGACCGAGGGCGAAUUCUGAGGCCAAAGCUGACCCCUCCCAAGGGGCAGGCGUAGGGCUCUGAGGUGGGCGGGAGCCAAGCCACACAGUGGCUUCUCACUUGCAGGCUCAGUGCCCUGUUGCGCACAGGCUCGUGGGCUCUUCUAGAGACUGUCAGAAACCCGAAGGUCGUCCAGCUCUGUCCACAGCGUGUCAAAGGAGCUCUCUAGUCACCCACUGUUGGUGAACUAACGGAGGCAAAGGAAAAAACGAUGAAAGAUUUGCCAUUGGAACCAGGUCCUGGUCCCCGUAGUCAGAGACACUGCACUCCCCCCUACAGCCUCGGAGACCCCAGGGCAGCGGCAAAGAGGAGUGGCCCGGCACUGGAAGAAUGUUGCUCUGCCGAAGGGGCCGAACCCGACACAGUCGCCCCACGGUUUAAGCCCCAGGAGCCGAGCCCAAGUGACACAACCGCGAGUGUGGUGGAUCCUGCACCUGAACCGCUGGAGGCGCUGACUGAUUCGCCCACCGGAGCCUCCGGGCUUCGACAUGCUGGAGGAGCCCAGGUCUCGGCCUCCGCCCUUGGGCCUCGCGGGUCUCCUGUUCUUGGCUUUGUUCAGUCGGGCUCUAAGCAAUGAGAUUCUGGGCCUAAAACUUCCCGGUGAGCCGCCGCUGACAGCCAACACCGUGUGCUUGACCCUGUCUGGCCUGAGUAAGCGGCAGCUUGGCUUGUGCCUACGCAGCCCCGACGUGACGGCGUCGGCGCUCCAGGGGCUGCACAUCGCUGUUCACGAGUGUCAGCACCAGCUGCGCGACCAGCGCUGGAACUGCUCUGCACUGGAGGGCGGCGGCCGGCUGCCUCACCACAGCGCCAUCCUCAAGCGCGGCUUCCGAGAGAGCGCGUUCUCCUUCUCCAUGCUGGCUGCUGGGGUCAUGCAUGCUGUUGCUACAGCCUGCAGCCUGGGUAAGCUGGUGAGCUGUGGCUGUGGCUGGAAGGGCAGUGGUGAGCAGGACCGGCUUCGCGCCAAGCUGCUGCAGCUUCAGGCGCUGUCUCGGGGCAAGAGCUCUCCCCACUCAGAGCCCAGCCCUAUCCCAGGCUCAGGCCCCAGCCCUGGCCCCCAGGACACGUGGGAAUGGGGUGGCUGUAACCAGGACGUGGACUUCGGAGAGAAGUUCUCUCGCGACUUCCUCGACUCCAGGGAAGCUCCUCGGGACAUCCAGGCUCGAAUGAGAAUCCAUAACAACAGGGUGGGGCGCCAGGUGGUAACUGAAAACCUGAAGCGGAAGUGCAAGUGCCACGGAACCUCAGGCAGCUGCCAAUUCAAGACCUGUUGGAGGGCAGCUCCAGAGUUCCGGGCCAUCGGGGCAGCGCUGAGGGAGCGGUUGGGCAGAGCCAUCUUCAUCGACACCCACAACCGCAAUUCUGGAGCCUUCCAGCCCCGCCUACGUCCCCGCCGCCUCUCAGGAGAGCUGGUCUACUUUGAGAAGUCUCCUGACUUCUGUGAGAGAGACCCCACCGUGGGCUCCCCAGGCACGAGAGGCCGGGCUUGCAACAAGACCAGCCGCCUAUUGGAUGGCUGCGGCAGCCUGUGCUGUGGCCGUGGGCACAAUGUGCUCAGGCAGACCCGCGUGGAGCGCUGCCACUGUCGCUUCCACUGGUGCUGCUACGUGCUGUGUGAUGAGUGCAAGGUCACAGAAUGGGUCAAUGUGUGUAAAUGAAGCUGAGCUGAGCCUUGGGACUAAGGAAGAACGCUGC